AGCCAAUCACGUGCCGAGGCUUCAAGUGUCGCUUUGUGGUCGGGACUGUUUUGAUGCAGUUGGGAAAAAUGCUGGAAGGGACGUUUGACUGUGGAAACAUCGCCAGAAGCGUGUAUUUGUGAAUGUUUUUCCCGUUGCGGAUGUGUAUACUAGAAAACUCAAAAUACGUCGCCUUCAGAAAUGUCCGCGUUUAUUUGUGUUAGCAUUGCAUGCUACUGUUUUUAACCCUAGCCAGCUGGCAAGGCGUGAAUUCCGCAAACCCAAGAAACCAAUGUCAAGAAUGCGUUGAGCUAGCUAACAUGAUAUUUUGAUACUGGCCGCCGGUUAUUAUUAGCUAUGAACAUUACGCCUUUAAGUCUAGCUGUGUUCUUGACGUUUUCCUCUGGACCUUACAGAUAAAAAACACUUAGUGGCUGCCUCUUAAAGACUGUUUGCAGGACGGGACGAGCCGAAAUGGACGCCCCAGCCCCAUCACCCCAGACAGAUUUCUAGCGGUGACACCAGCAACUCGAGUCCGCCACAUCCUGGCCUCGCACAAUCACGAGAACCCAAACCGUGGCUGUCUUUCUUUUCUAUGACACAACAAAUUUAUGCCCAGCUAGAUUCGGUGGAAUCGCUCUUGGACGAUCUCCCAUAUAUGUUUUAUCUGGGCCUGUUCUUUGUGAACGUCUUGAUCCUCUACUAUGCCUUUCUGAUGGAGUACAUCGUCCUGAAUGUGGGGAUAGUAUUUCUGCCUGAGGACAUGGACCAGGCGCUGGUGGACCUCGGGGUGCUGUCCGAUCCGGCCUCUGUCCCCUACGAUACGGACACGGAACUGGAUGUGUUUGAGGGGUAUCUUGAGUGACAAGGCGGUACCAGAGGAGGAACAGGACAUUUUUAGGAGGUGGUGGUGGGGAUGAUGCAGAAGUCUGGAGCAGGUUGGGUCAGCAUGAACGCUCCCUGGUCAGUGAUAAGGGGACAAAAUGCUUCCAAGUGGAUGCUGUCGUUGCCUUUCUCUCACACAGGCACAUCAGUGAAAAAGUUGUCUCGGAUCAAAAGAAGGUAGCCUGAGGAAGAGAUCCAGCACCGCCGGCUGUAGGAUGAGCGACUGCCCCAUAGAAAGAGCACUCUGCACUGGAUCAGCUGUCAGUCAGUCCGCUGGCCUCCUAAUAUCAACUGACUCCAGUCGGACACAAGGGGGUUAGCGCUGGCAUUUGUGUUCCUCACUUCGGACACAGUGAGAGAUAAAAAGGAAGCACAGUGUGCUGCAGGUGGAGAGACAUGGCUGUUCCCCAUGGAAGAAAAAUGAAUGUCAUCAGAGAUGUGGGGCAUGUCUCAAGUUGUCUGCAUUGCAGCCAGUUCAGAUACAGCAACCCUUGCAUUUAUACCCCAACAGUUAUCCAGGCUGUGCAAGAUCUGGUGGCUGACUGCAGACGGAAUUCAAGUGAAACGCUCGCCGCUCCAGUCGCAGUGCGAUGUGCUUCACAUUGAGACAUCUCAGAAGAACUGGCAAAGUGCAGGAAAACAAUGUGCACUGUAGCUCCCUCGCUUACGUAAUCACUCACAGAACAACUUGUUUUAACUGUUUGUCCUUUUACGUUUUCAGAAUGCAUUGCCGCUUUGCAGGCUCACUCAUCCUUGAGGCGUGAUUUAAAAUGUCCAUCCAUACUGUAUGUGUGCUUCAGGGAUGUACACACGCACUGUUCAGAAAUCUGGGCGCACUGGCAAGACACAACACUGACACUGGACACUGGCUAUGAAACCAGAGAAUAGAGGAGAGCCCUAAACUCUUCAAUCUCUCUUAGAAAUCAGGAACACCAUACUGCACUGGCCACUGAAAUGCAGAAAGUAUGAAAGUGGGUCUUCUUUUAACCCAUGUCACAUUAGAUGAUUUAUGGUCAUUUGCAAAUUUAACUUUCCAAAAAACAAUAAACAGUAAUAGUUUAGUUUUGACAGCUGGCCACAUUUGCCAAAAUUAUAUCAGUAUGAGUAGAGUCAACAGCUGAAACCUCAUGAAAGAGAACCUCAAAAGAAGUAUUUCAGGUGUUUGACAUGUCCAUCCUGUUUGUUGCAUAUGUGUUUGUUCUUCUUCCGCCUAUCUUACUCCAGGCAUGAUAUUGGUUGUGUUGGAUUUUAUUAGUUGUCAAGAUUCUAUUUUGCCGCACUUUCUUCUGUUCACUUUGUUAUGAAUUAAGAAUUCAGUUUAUGAAAUGUAUAUUCUUGGCAGCAAUAAUAAACUGGAUUCAGACAACGGGGCAAUUAAGCAGUUAAACGAAUGAGAUUGGGCACAGAAUCAGGUAAUUAUUCCAUCCGUCUGCCAGAUUCGGUUGUGGAUGGGUGGAAGAAAACCACCUCAUGUUAGUGACUCUUGGAAAGAGAGAGUUCACUCGAUUUACAAGAUAAUCGUAAGCCUUGAAAGUACUGUACAUACCGUUGGUCUGUGAGGAGCACUUACAGCUCAGCUAGUUAACUAAACAUUGAUUUCUUGAGGCAAUACAGAGGAAUCAGUAUUUUCUCACAGCAUAGUAGAAGCAAACUGUGCAUAAUUGUCAUGCCCUUAGCCGUAGAGCCGAAAAACCAUUUCAAAGUAUUUGCACAUGCACGUUUCAUACUCUAAACAAGCUUUAGUCUAGAAUUUCAUUGCCUGACUAUCAGUGUUUUGGAUGUUACACUCUCACCAACGUGGCUCCGCUCCACUGUCCUCAGCUCAUCUGUUCAGAUGGCAUUUCAAAACAACACUUUGCCAACUCAGUUCAAAUGAUACACUGUGCCAGGUCAAUUGUCUGCUGCGAUGUGUGACAAAUUCAAAUGAAAAAAGCCAUGAUGAAACUCAAGUGCAGGGACAUUAAAAACAUAGAACUAAACACAUAAAUGACAGUGCAGUUAGAUUUUCUCCAUUCCACAGGAGACUGUUUUUCCAAGAGUUGGUACUAGAGUCCAGUUUGGAUGACUGAUGCUGAUAACCAAAUUCUUUUUUUUCUUUUUGGAUUAAAGCUGCCAUUAAGCAAUAUUUCAUGGUGACAUUUACAAUAUUUGAAUUUGUCCGUGUUAGUCAGUACGUUCGUAAGAAUUCUGUUUUUGGCAAGAUAUAAAAUGUUCUGAAACAGCAUUUAGACCACACGACACUAAAGCUCAGGAUACUAAUAUUCAUUGAAUAUUAAAAACAUGUUUGUGUUGAAUCUGAUCAGAUAGUCAGAAUCAGGUAAGGGCUUCCUGUAGAUUGACCGUGCAUAGUUAAUAAAUAAUGUGUAAUGACGAUGUGUAAUCCGCAUCAUGCUGGAAAUUGACGACAUUAACUAUAUCUUAUUUUUUUAACCACAGUGUAAUAUCAGUCGAUGAGUUGCGUAAUUCAAAUAUAAAAGUCACUCCCUGUAUUGAGAAAUCAGUAGCAAAUGAAGCUGGUAGAUGGGGAGGAUCCUUGUUUUGUAUGAAAACUGUUUAUAAAUCUCUUGUGUUUAGUUACAAGUGAAAGAUGUGCCAUUUCCCAGGCAUGACAGCUCACUGUGUCGGCCACUCUGCUCACGGCAUCUUAAUUCACUGAAAACUCUCAUGUGGACUGUGACAGAUGAAAGCCUUUGCUUGGUUUGAUGGAUGUCAUCAUUAUCAUCAUCAACAUACAACCUUUACCCAGUGCUUGCGUCCUCCCUCCACAUCUGCUUCUUCGCAGACAUGCACAUGCUGUAAUAAGCUAUGGAUCGUGACAGAGUUUUAUUUUCCAAUGUGUCUAUUUAAUAAACUUUGAGCGAAUGCCA